CCACACGCCAGUCAUUCGAGUAUUCGAUGUAACCACGUGCAGUCGCGUCUAUAGGGCUCAUUGUAGUUCCCACGAAAGCCCUACUCAAGUGUAUACUCAAAUGUAGUCCGAUAGUUGUGAUCGCCAAACUGGUUAAAGAUAAUUCGAGAGGAAAAUCGAUGAGAACAUCUGGCCUGCUGCAGGUCCUCGCGUGAACCCCCGCAGCCGUAGCUCGGUCACCGAUGGGUUGAGGACGCCACGACUCGUGUGUGUGGCCACAACACCACCAACGCUGGUACUUCGAUAAGUGAUACGAAAUAAGGUGCACAGUCCACCUGGCGAUAAAGGCUACAUUGCUUUGCCAAUGAGCCGAAGGUUGCAGACCGUAUCGCCCGCGCUGCCAUAACCAUCCACAUCUUCGAUGGUCCCUACUCUCCUAGAGAAGAUCGUCUACACGCUCCGUCACUUCAUUAUUAUUAAAUUCCUCAAUAUCUUCUACAUUUUAUAGUCUAGUACUUCUUGUUUUUAUUAUUGUCUGUUUAGUGGAGCCUUCCUAUCCAAAUGAGCAAAAUGUUGAAAGUCGUGGGUGCUUCCUGGCUUCAGACGAAGAUCAGCUCUUACAUCCUGGGCUUCCUCGGCGCCCUGGCCAUCCUGGCGCUGUUCCUGGGGCAAAUGGAAAGAAUCCAAGAAGAUGGAACGUAUGCCGCCACAGUUUUCUACUCUGAGAAAACUGGUUACCGCAUCGAAUACUGGGGACAAAGCAACGAACUGUCUGAGAUAGAACGCGGCGUCGCCAGAGCUUACUUCCGCAUGGACAUGGAGACUGAUGGUUGGUCAACCCUGGAGGUAGAAACAAACGGCUCAUACCCAGACGAGAUCCAAGCGUACGCAGCCGGCAUAGUCGAGGGGGCACUGACCUGGUCUCUCAUCCACACGCACCUGGACAACACGGUGCGAGCCACCUGUGAGGGUCAGAGGGAGAAGCAGUGCGACCGACUCCGGGACGCCCUGGAGCAGUCAGCCAACACCUGGAAGACGUAUGCCUCUGAAAGGGAGGAUGAAGACCCUUUCUGGCAUCAAGUAACUCUGUACUACACCCAAAUCCGCGGUAUAAAGACUGGUUGGGAGCACGGGGUGGAGCGUAGCCAGAAUGAGUUCGAAACAGACAUCUCGGACCUGUACUGGCUGAAUGCCAUCGCGGAAGUAGCUGAACUGCAGAAGAAGCUCAACUUCGUGGUUCAAGACGCAGAUAUUGACCAGUUGCCGGGCCUUGCCAGCGCUUUCGUCAGGGUUGUCAACGAAACUGCUGAGAACGGGAGCUCUGAACGGAAACUUUUCGUCGCGCAAAAUGCUGCUGGAAGCUACUCCUCAAUGAUGAGGAUCUUGAAGCGGUACAAGCUCAACUACCAUCUGACGGCAGCUGAAUACUCGUCUCCAGCUCCCGGCGUCUCUGUUGACUUCUCGGGCUACCCUGGCUCGGUGACCAGCCAGGACGAGUUCUAUGUGCUGUCAGGGGAAAACCAUCGCCUGGCUGUGACUGGCACUACUCUGAGGAACUAUAAUAGUCGGCUGUGGAAGGAGGUCAACAUUACUGAGCAGGUGCCAAUAGGCCCCCGAGUGACAGCAGCGAACCACCUGGCGACCAACGCGAGCUCGUGGGGCCACGCGCUGGCUCGCAGUAACUCCGGCACUGGCUGCAAGCAGUGGAUGAUCGUGGACUUCCUCCGGUUCCAGCAGAUGAACUACUCUGUACAGACCAGCAGUCAGCGCUGGAACGAUGUCGUCACUGACUUCCCGUUGAGCGGGAAGAACAAAGACACAAAGCACACGGUGGUGCACCGCAGCGGGCCGGGGCGCGCGCGCGGCGUGCUCUGGCUGCUGGAGCAGGUGCCGGCACGGACGCACUCUGCUGACCUGUCUGACGCGCUGCUUGAGCUCGGCUAUUGGGCCACGAGUGGGCUGCCGUUCUUUAAGGACAUCGCAGAGAGCACAAACACGACCAGAAUGCAGGAACUAUACGGAGACAUCUUCUCUUCCAACGAAUCACCCCGAACUCUGAUGUUCAAACGCGGGUACAAGAACGCCACAACCCUAGAAUCCAUCCUGAAGCUCAUGAGAGGAACCAACAUGACUCUCGUCAAUGCAGCGAGGAACAAGACCUCCUCGUGUCAAGAAGAUCCAGAUUGCAUCUACGGGGAAGAAGGAUAUCUGUCAGUGUUGGGAGUAAGAGGAGAUAUUGUCACAAAGUAUAAGAAAGCGUAUGGAGUCAUUGAUACGAAGAUUGUUUUCGGCGACACAACCAGCAAAGAGCUUCAAUUCCUGGCUUUAUCCGGCCCACCGUACACCAGGUCAACAAACAGUAGCCAAGUCCCCGUGAACAAGGGCAACGUGGCUUCCAUCUACACCGACCAGUUCGAUGACGAGCCCAGCAUCGACGGGCUCGAGAUCAGAGACCUGGUAAAACACCAGCAAGAAGAAGCUGAACAAGAAUCCCUCGAGUUCAGAAACAGAAAUAUCAUCAAACCCUUCCAAUGGUCAGAGAGCGAUUACAAAGACAGCACGCCCAAACUCUUCCCAGACUCCUGGGCUUUUGAUCUGUUUAAACCCCAUUUUUCGUGGUAACCUUAAGGUUAAGCUCUAUAUAAACCGGCAUAAUAACUACAUUAUAAUACCCUAGCGUAAGACUAAAUGGACGAUUUCAACAUUUUGCGAUUGGCUACAAAUACUGUACCUUCUUAAUUCCGUCCCCUAUAUAGGUAUUGAGCUUCCUCUAAUCUAAUGGAUAGUUAAGGUUCACAACCAAAAUGUUUUGGAUGAAUUUUGCGCUUAGAUUAAUUUGUAUCAACAACUGUUUUUUAAGUAUUCAAUUUUAUUUAUUUGAUUUUUAUGUUGGUCUUGUUUUGUAACUAGUACUUGUCUCUUUUUAAAGCUGCUUAAAUAAUUAUGUAAUUUUUAAAUAAUAAUCAUUUAUAAGUUGUACUGUACCUGCCUACGAUACCUUCUUGUAAAUGUGGGUUUCUAUAGGUACCUCAUGUAGAAAAUCUAGAUGUUCGUUUCAGAUGUUCAAUUUAUAUAGAAUUUGUAGUCUUAAAUGUAUUUUUGUGUCUAAAAUUUUAUACGACUGUUCCUUUUUACAGUUUUACUAGUACGUACCUACUUACCGAUAUUGGUAGGUAGAGGUACGUAGGUACUUAGAUCAGAAGAUAAAUUUAAUAAAAAUGAAGUGACAUAAAUAGAUAAAUAUUUUUUUGCUCAAGUGCUUAUUGUCUUGAAAAUAAAGAUAUUAAACUAUCAAAUUCAGUCCU